GACUGGGCUCAGGUGCAUCCUGUUGGACACCAUGUCUAGAACCUGGAGUCCACCUGUGGCAAACGGAGCUGACCGGACAAAGAUCAGAAAGACACACACCUGUUUAUAUCAGGUCCCAUAGUUCACUCUGCAGGUCAGGACACAACCCAAGCUCUUUGUAGACCUCUGAGAGCAGACUGUGGUGAGGCCCUUAUCACAAGGCCAGAAAACCAUGUCUAAAGGCAGAGAUCAGGACAAACGCUAACACGACCUCCACGCUUGUCCCCACUUGUCUCCUCUACUCUCCUCUCCUCCUCUCCUCCUGUCCUCGGUGGGCGGGUCUUUUUUCUCUAUCGGAUGUAGAUCGGAUGAUCCGGGCUGUAGCGGACUGAUCUGCGCUCAGACAUGGAGGUGAGUAAGGCUCUUUGUCAGCAGGACCAACUGCAGCUCAUCGCAGAGAAGAGGAAGUGGCAGACAGAGGUCGAGAACAAGAAGAGACAGCUGGAGGACGACAGGAGAGCUCUGCAGCACCUGAAGUCAAAGGCUCUGAGGGAGCACUGGCUGCUGGACGGAGCUCCUUCUGCUGGACCAGAUCAGGACGAAAUCAAGAGACAGCUGGAGCAGGACAAGGCCAAGAGCAGGAGCCUGGAGGAGGCCAUCAACAGGUUGGAACGGGAGCUGGUGAGGCUGGAAGCUGGAGCUGUGUGUCAGACCAUAACACACACCACUGUGUCAUCAGGAGCAGUUAAAGCUGUAGAGGUCAAAGGUCACAGCAGCCAUCAGCAGGACAAAGCUUCACCAUCAGGUCAGGUAGUCCAAGCCUUUCCAGAGGUCAAAGUUUACAAAAGUCCUCGAACAAACAAACCGAGAGAGGCAACGGAGGAGAUGAAGAGAGCGAUGUACUCGGUGGAGAUUAAAGUAGAGCGGGACAGAGUGACGGGGGAAACCAGGGUUCUGUCCACUAACACCAUACUUCCUGUUGACCUCUCUCACCAAGGGGUCAAGGUUUACGAAGACGAGCGGAAAGUGGUCCAUGAGAUGAACGGUGAAGAUGGCGUCCACCUUCUCAGUUCCUCUGAGGUUGAUGAGCUCAUCCACAAAGCUGAUGAGGCUUCAAUGAUGUCACAGACUGCUGCCACGGUGAUCUCACUCCCGCCAGCUGAGGUCCAUGAAGAGGCACUGCCACCUUCGCCACAGGUCACAUUGGAGAUCACCGGGUUGGAGGCCAAACCAGGCAGCGCACCAAGUGUGGCUGAGGCGAGUGUAGAGAACCCAGUCACCAUGGUGUUCAUGGGAUACCAGAGCGUGGAGGAUGAGGACGAGACCAAGAAGGUGCUGGGGCUGCAGGGGACAGUGAAAGCCGAGCUGGUGCACAUUGAUGACAGCGAUGGGAAAACAUCCCCGGGAGGAGAAGGGAUGGAGGAGGCCAGUAGUCUUCAGACAGCAGCUCCUCCUCUUGCCUCAGCCACCGUGACUACCCCACUGCCAACCACCAGACCUCCAGAGGUGAUAGCAGCAAGCAACGGAGAGACAGCGGAGGGAGGAGCAGUGGCGAUAAAGAAGGAAAAGCAGCCGUGUAAGUGCUGCAGCAUCAUGUGAUCCUGCAGGGGCUCUACAAUAUAACACAGUAAAAUAGAAAGGAUGGAGACUUUCCAGGACAAGUAUGUCAACUAAACUCCAGGCACCGCCCUAAACCCCACCUCUAACAACAUGUCAUAAUUUAACAUGUCUUUCUUUAUGCUCAUCUAUUUUAAAAAGCCUUCUUUACUUUUUUCUAUUUUCUUGAAGCCUCUUUAUUUUGUACUCAAGUUUCCAGGCAUGAUGCCUAAAUCCAGCUGACUAGCAUUAGCUUUACUGUUAGCAUUGGUACGCGAUUUGUAUCUUAAGCUCCCGUGUCUAUGUGUAAGCUCCAGAAUAGAAGACAGUGCAUUCAUUAAUUUCACACUUAUAUUUAUUUGAAUCCAGUUGCAGAGUUUCUCUCACUGAUUCUGUUUGUGGAAGAAUAUAAAAGAGAAAAUAAAAGUGACCUGUAACUG